AUGGGAAGCAGCUUCUGGGAGCUGAGGCCUGAGAACUGGCCACUGGUAGUGCAAAAGGAAGCAGCUUCUGGGUGCGGGAAGCUGCUUGUGGGCCUCGAGAGCUCUCAACUAUUGCAGCUCUUUCGGGAGGGCCGACCUUUGCGGCGGACAUCUUCCUCCGGUGCAGAAGUCUGUGAGACCACGGCGCCGAGCUGGAGCAGUAUACAGUGGAAGAAGCCCUUGGCGGCAGUACAGGAUCCAAAGCUUUCUGAUCCGAGCUCCACUGCGUUCUACUCUGCUUCGUUUACUGCAAGCCUGCAAGGGCGGGUCGGGCUCUACAUUGAGGAGUCGUCUGCUGGUGACCCCUACAACGCCGAAUGGUUGCAAGCUUACCUCACUGCCUUCCAAAGGAUGGGCCUGCAGCCACAUCUCGUGUCCACGAGUCAGGAGGCCCAAGCUGGUGCCCUCUACUUUUGGCGCAUCAACCAGAUGUUCGGAGGCGGUCGACUGGCUGGUUCACCUGGCGUGGGCCUGGCGGUGGCUCAGCACCUGGCUGCCUUUCAGACCGCCCUGUGGCCGCGACCAGAGACGAUGCAGUUCUAUCAGGACAAGAUUGCCCUGCGGGAUCUCUUCACCAGGACGGGCGUUCCGGCGCCUCCGAGCUGGGUCGUGCAAAGCCUCGAUGAGCUCGAAGACUUGCUGCAGCGUGGGGACUUGAAAGAGGCCGAUUUCCCAUUGGUGCUCAAGCACCCCUACGCGGCCUCCAGCCGGGGUAUGAGGUCCUGCAAGACCUUGCCGGAGGUUCGAAGUGUAGUGGGGCAAUGGCUCCAAGAGCAUCAAGUGCCAUGCCUCUUGCAGCGUCGCCUGGCCAUUGCUCGCGAUAUGCGUGUGACCUAUGUUGGGGGUGACAUCAUCCAAGGCUACUGGCGGGUGAAGGCCUCCUCCGAAGAUCUGAGCUCCGGGUCUGCGGGCGGCUCCAGCCUGGACUUUCAAACACCGCUGGACGAGAUCGCCCCCUUCGUCCGCAGCUUUGCCAUGGCCACCGGUAUUGAUAUCGGCGGCAUGGAUCUUGCCUUUCCAGAAAAUGGCGAAGGACCUGUGGUCUUCGAAGUGUCUCCAAUCUUCGACUUGAAUCCAGAGCCACCUCCUGAGUGGAGACAAAGGCCAUAUCGUGAGUACAAAGAGACUGAGGACUACAAGCAGAGGCGUGCAGAGAACUAUGCUCUAUGUGCCCAGAAGGUCAUUGAGUAUGCACUUCACCGACGAGGUCAUUUGUUUGUUGACAUCGACAACACCAUCAGCGAUGCUUGGAAGCGCAUUCAGCGGGUUGGGGUCUCAGCCACUGCUGCUUCAGAACUUCAGUACUUCACUGCACGCUUAACGGUUGAACGAAAGACAGACCAGCAUAAGACUCGGUUUGGCCGGACGUCGUAA